AUGCUCAAAAACGUGACCGACCGCAUCCGAAUCACCCCAUUGAAGGACCCGUUUGCCUUGAUGUUGGACAAAGCCCCUGCCAAGCACCGCAUCCGUCACUUGCUGGCCAAGGAACCAGACAUGGAGAAACAUGGAUAUGGCGACCUCAAGAUGAGCUACAUCCAGACGCCCUCGGCAGUGUUCGACUUACCUCGCACAAUUCCGGACAGAAUACGAGAGCUGGCGAAGGCCAACCCAGACAAAAUGGCGUUUGUCUUCAGACAAGCCGGACAACCCAGGGAUACCUUGACAAGGAAACAAGUGGCAGACAAGUCCGACUGGUUGGCCCGACAUUUUGUCAGAGAUGGCAUCAGAGCAGGUGACAAAGUAGCCAUACUUGUGGACACACCGACAAACUGGACCAUAACUUAUUUCGGUAUAAACAUGACCGGUGGCACUGUUAUCAACUCGCCAUCCUUCGAUGAGAAAGAAUUUACAAAGAUCGCCAAAGGGAUAGGAUGCGUGGCAACUGUAACAGAAUUGAACCAAUCUAAAGAGAACCUUUGCAAGGCUCAUCAUCGUAGCGUCAUCCUGACAACAUUUCAGGACCAUAAAGAUAAGAUAACGACCUUUGACCUCUUCGGUUUGACAGAGGACAACCAGGUUCCAGAUGUUGACCUUCCCGAAGUGCACGCCGACGACGAAGCGAUGAUGGUGUUGACCUCUGGUAGUAGUGGAAUGCCUAAGCUCGUUGUGCACACCCAUGCCUCAAUCCUAGCGGGAGCGUAUUCAGUGGGAGAUUUUUGCGAGUUGGAAGAGGACACAAUCGUUGCUAACGACAGACCGAUGUCUUGGAUGGGCGGCCAACCAAUUAUGUACCUUGGUAUCGGGUUGACUACAGUCUACAUCAAGGCGAAAGUCAACUCAGAGUCAGACGAUGAGUUCUUCGUGAACGUUUUAUCUUCUGAACGCCCAGAUGCUGCUUUACUGAUGGAAUAUAGACUAAACAGCUUACAGAGAAGACCUGAUCUGUUAAACAGGAUGCCGUUUCUCUCCACCUCGCUAGCCACAGGACAAAGGGUGAGUGCGAAGUUUGUAGACAGUUUGCUACGAGUUUCAGAGUCCGUCGCCUCCGCCUACGGCUCUUCUGAAUCUGGGUACCCCUGCUCUGGCUGCGAAGUUAGAGUGGUGGAUGAAAAAGGUGAAGUCGUCUAUGUGGAAACACAGGGGGAACUCUGUUUGUGUGGACCAGCAUGUGCCAAAGCUUAUGUCUACCUUGACGGUUCCAGAGCGCCUAUUGUGGACGAAGACGGUUGGUACCAUACCGGAGAUGUAGCACUAAUCCACCAAGACGGACGAAUCGUCAUCAUAGGUAGGAAGACUGAAAUGCUUAAAAGGGUUUCGGUGAAAAUUUUUCCCUCAUUCGUGGAGAGGAAGAUUCAGGAAAACUUUGAAGAGAUUGAGGAAGUUGUUGUUGUUGGUGUGGAUGACGACAUAUUGCACCAGGAGAUUUGCGCUUGUAUUACGCUCACACCAGACGCACGCAUAACCACAGAAGAUAUCAAGCGGCGUGUCGAGGACAUCUUCAGACCGUCUCUUGCGCCAGAUGGUCUUGGUUACAUGCCGGGACAUUUCCUGCUCAUGGACUCUUCUCCAAAGACGACGUCCGGGAAAUGUGAUAGACUGUCACUGACCAAGAUGGGCGAAGAGAUCAUUAAGGGUAAAACUCAGAAGUCUUAAACCUGGAAGAUUAUUUGUUGGC